GAUUAGCUCUCCUUUCUGUGCGCUCUUCUGAUUUUUUUUUGUUUUUUAUCACAGUUUGGAGUCAGUCAGUUGUAGUGAGUUGUAGAAGUGGUGUGUGUGUGUGUGUGUGUGCGUGUGUGUGUGAGUGUGUGGAUGAGAACAGAGGUUCUUUGGUUCCCCUGGUGCAUUAGUGAGAGGAAGUCCCGGAGGUCAGCAUGAUGUCCUACGUGAAGCAGCCUCAGUUUGGUUUAACGCUGCCGGCUCCCGGUGUGGAGCUGCUGCACACCGCCGCCUCUUUCCCCGCAACUCCGAGAAAGCAGCGUAGAGAGCGUACCACCUUCACCCGCACUCAGCUGGACAUUUUGGAAGCACUGUUCACGAAGACGCGCUACCCAGACAUCUUCAUGAGGGAGGAGGUGGCGCUUAAAAUCAACCUGCCUGAGUCCAGAGUACAGGUCUGGUUCAAGAACCGACGCGCCAAAUGCCGUCAGCAGCAGCAACAGCAGUCUAGCGGCCAGCCCAAGCCUCGUCCUCCCAAGAAAAAGGCCACUCCUCCUCCUCCAGAGAUGCCCUCUGAUCCCACCAACAUCUCAGUGGCCCCACCACCUCCUCUUCCUCCUCCAACCCUAGGGUCUGCCCCCGUGUCCGUUUGGAGCCCCGCCUCUCUGUCGCCUCUCCCUGACCCUCUGUGUGGUUCAGGUACCGCGUGCAUGCAGCGUCCGUAUUCUAUGAGCUACGGGCCAGUGUCGUCCUCCUAUGGCACAGGCUUAGGGUCGUCUCCGUACUUCGACUGUGGCCCUUACCUGUCACCUGUUACCUCUCAGGGAGCUCUCUCGCCCCUUGCUGUGCCCUCUGUAGGCACCUCGCUGUGUCAGUCGCCCUCGCUUGCCUCUCAGGGCUAUGGUGUUUCCGCCUCGCUCGGCUUCGACUGCCUCGACUACAAGGACCAGCAGGCCUGGAAGCUCGGCUUCAGCACCGUCGACUGCCUCGAUCACAAGUUCCAGGUGUUGUAAUGUGCAGGAAAGGGGAAGGAAGAGGAGCAGAAAGGGAAGCAGGAACAUGAGGGAAGCGGAUACAAGCUGCCAUUGCUGCGAAUUUGUAGUCUGGAGAGUUUUUCCAUUUUGAAAAAGAUGGCGGCUGCUUUACUGUGAUUGGUUGACACUCUUGAGCAGUCAUCAUGAUUAAUAACUUACCUCACAUUCAUUUACAGAUUUAUAUCUACACACGAUCAGAGAGCCGAGUCUUAGUUAAGUCUCUGCCCAGCCGUGUUUCUGUCUUUCUAUUUUCUUUCUACUCAUUUGAUUUUCUCUUCUAGGAUCCUAUAUAAAUGAUUGUGUUGUACUUGCUAAUAUUUAUCAUCUGUUAAAUUAUAAAAGAACAUUCAGUGUACUUCUAUGUAGUUGUCAUUAAAACUGAUUUGUUGCUACAAUGGCUCCUGUGGAUCUUUUUUUGGUUUGGAGGAUGUUUUCCCUCUAUUGGCCACCUCAAGGCAUUUGCUAACUGAGACUGGUUCAGACUCGGGCUGGUCUGGAUGCGAGUACAGGUUUUUAAGUAAACCAAGGCAGAAACAGGGAGGCACAAGAUCAGACUGAUCUACAGAUAGACUAGAUUAGGAAAUGGCAAACUCAUAAACAUAGCUAAACAAAGUGGAAACCAGAAACAGUGUACAUUUGCAGGAAAGUCUAGUACCAUCACUGUCCAGGUUAUUUAAAGGGAGCGUAACUAACUAAAUGUCUGGGAAUUGUGAACAGGUUUGUAGAUCAUCUGAGUGGUCAUGUGAUGUGGUCUAUAGUUCAAGGGAGUUAGCAUGACUGUUAGAUAGCUAAAUGUCCAAAAAAAACCAUUUAAAGGACGUCAGAAAUGUACAGAAAAUGAAAAU